AUGGCUUCCAACAAGCGAACAGUCAUCGAAGUCUCCUCCGGCAGCGACGAUGACAACCCGCUCGUGAACCGCCGUCGCAAGAUCCGUCGACGAUCUCAGCCACAGUACAACACGUCAGAUCCGGAAGAGAUCAAGGACAAGGUGGCCGGCUUUCGAAAGUUCAUCGAUGGAGCACUCCCGCGGAGCCUCGUUGCGUGUGAUGUCGCAGACUACAUCCAGCGAGAGUCCAACGCCCGUCUUGCUGUUGCUCGACAGCAAGGCGUGCCGCUGGAAAAGGUCUUCAUCGGCCGAGAUUGCUUGCCGGCCUGGACUGAUAUGCAGUGGGAUCCGGAACAAGAGUCGCUGCACUGCGCUAUCCAAAACCGUCUGCUUGACCUGGAUGUCGCGAAUGUUUUGGGCGAUACUCUUCGCGGCCUCCUCAUCGACAAAGGCAAUCGGAAGCUUGAAGAGGCAAGACAGCUUGGGCUCAGGCUCGAAGACCUCACUAUCGGUGUCGGGCUUCUGGCGACUUGGAAUCGUCCAGCGCCAGAGCUUCAGAAUGGUCACGGGCUAGAGAAUCCUUUCAAUGAACAAGCCCAGCAUGAAGAGCUCAUGGACGAUGACAUGGGCCAGUCAAGCCUCGACACCAGCAUUCCGCGCUCGCUCAUUUUCAGCCGAGCGGGAACGCCUGAGUUUGAUACUGAGAGCGUUGCGUACGAGUCAUCCAGCGAAGAGGAAUCUGACGACGAGAUUCGCAUGAACAAUGCGAUCGAUCCCCGGCCCGAGUAUUCGGAGAGCGACGACGAAGCGCCGCAUAUCCUUCACGAUGUGGAGGUUGUCGGCUGUCUCGAAGGGCAUCUGGAUGUUGACUUGGAGGUUUACAUGGUGGAGGACGAUUCCGACGUGGACGACUUGCCUGAACUCGAGCUUGCGAUUGAUGGGGACGCGUUUGCAUAUUACUUUGGUGAUGAUGGGGCUGUGGAGGUGGAGAUUCCUGGAAUGGAUCUGCGGUGCUCGCUCGAUGUUCCUCCCGAUAUGAGCUAUGAAGACGGCGAUGCUGAUAUGGAGGAUGCGUACCCUGAGGAAGAAGGCGACGAUGGGGAAGACGUUAACAACCUGUUCAACGAGGAUGAAGAUAUGGAUGAACAAGAAGACGGUGGCGCAAAUACUCAGCUCAACGCAGACGAAGUCAGUGUCGUUUCCGUGGCUCAAGAGGAUGAAGAGCAUAACUCGGGGAUUCGGAUCACUCAGGAUGGCUUCGUUUGGUGA